GCCGGCGACAAUUUUGGGCAAGAGUUGGCCAUCCCGAGACUUGGUCCAUACCCGCAUAUAUCGACAUUUUAUCGACAUUCGUUCAUACCCCGCGGAUUCCCCAGAAGAAACAAAUUACGACAUCUUGACAUGAAGGUCCUAGUUAUCGGCUCGGGUGGACGAGAGCAUGCAUUGGCAGAACGACUAGCCAAGUCUGACAAUGUCACCAAGAUCUACCUUGCACCCGGUAACGGAGGUUCGCAAGAGAACCCGAAGUGUGCAAACUUGGAAGAAUACGAAUCGUAUGACGAACUGAUUAAUUUUGCACAAGACGAAGAGAUAGAUUUAGUAGUUCCGGGACCGGAACAAGAUUUAAUCAAUGGAAUAGAAGGUCUCUUUCGCAAGAUUGGGGUACCAUGUUUCGGCCCAAGUGAAUUAGCAUCAAAAAUGGAAGGAUCUAAGGCGUUUUCCAAAGACUUUAUGACCAAGCACGACAUCCCUACCGCGCGAUAUGCCAACUUUUCCGAUUUCGAGCUAGCCAAGAAGCACCUCCUCUCAAUUGAUUACAAAGUGGUCAUCAAAGCUAGCGGCUUGGCCUCUGGGAAAGGUGUCCUUAUCCCCGAAAAUCAACAAGAAGCCCUGGAGGCCCUAGAAACUAUUAUGGUCAAGAAGAAAUUCGGAAGCUCAGGUGAUGAGGUCGUGAUUGAGGAAUAUCUGGAGGGUCAGGAAAUCAGUGUGUUGGCCCUCAGCGAUGGUUAUACUGUCGUUCUGUUCCCCGGAGCCCAAGAUCAUAAACGCAUUGGAGAGGGCGAUACAGGACCAAACACCGGGGGGAUGGGGGCAUAUGCACCCACACCUAUAGGUUCCCCCGAGCAUAUAAAAUCAGCCUUGAAGUCAAUCAUCCAAAAAACCAUCGAUGGAAUGCGCAAAGACGGCAUGCCCUUUGUUGGGUGUCUAUUCACCGGUUUCAUGAUUACUGAGCAAGGCCCCAAAGUUCUGGAGUAUAAUGUCCGGUUCGGAGAUCCAGAAACCCAGACCGUGAUGAGUUUACUUUCAGACGACACAGAUCUGGCUGAAAUUUUUUUGGCUUGUUGUGAUCGCCGACUGGAUUCGGUCAAAGUGGAUUUCAAAGCUUCAUAUUCUGUUACUGUGGUCAUUGCAUCACCAGGUUACCCCAACUCGUACCGCACAGGUUUGCCAAUCACCAUCGACCAUGCCGCUUUGCCCAAGAAUUCUUUCAUAUACCACGCGGGAACUAGCGGGGAGCAUGGUGACGUUUGUACCUCAGGAGGUAGGGUCUUGUCGGUCAACGGAACAGGCGAGACGCUAGAGAUUGCGGCGAAAACGGCCUACGAGGCAGUCGCUUGUGUUCAAUUUGAUGGAAUGACUUAUCGUAAGGAUAUUGCACACAGGGCCCUCAAGCCAAAAAACGCCUCGUCAUCUCAGCCGGAUCAGAAGAAGAACGGCCUCACUUAUCUGGACUCCGGCGUUUCGAUCGAUUCUGGUAACGAGCUUGUGACGCGGAUCAAACCCUUGGUCAAGGCCACCGCCCGGCUGGGAUGCGAUUCGGUGAUUGGCGGGUUCGGCGGACUUUUUGACUUGAAAAGUCUCGGUUAUCGUGAUCCUGUAAUAGUCAGUGGUACCGAUGGCGUUGGUACCAAACUCAUUGUUGCACAGAAAGCUGGGAAGCACGAGACAGUUGGGAUCGAUCUAGUGGCGAUGAGUGUGAAUGACUUGUUGGUCCAGGGAGCGGAACCGCUCUUUUUCCUCGACUAUUUCGCUUGCAGUCGUCUCAACGUUGACAUGGCUGUAGAUGUGGUCAAGGGGAUAGCCCAGGGCUGUCAACAAUCUAAUUGUGCUUUGAUUGGUGGCGAAACGGCUGAAAUGCCGGGCCUUUAUCGUCAAGACGACUAUGAUUUGGCUGGGUUUGCUGUGGGGGUGGUAGAGCGAUCCCUCAUUCUACCUCGGCUGCAGGAGAUUCAAGUCGAUGAUGUCUUGAUCGGGUUGACUUCCAGCGGGUUCCAUUCCAAUGGAUUUUCUUUGGUCCGCAAGGUUGUUGAAAUGUCGGGCUUGGGCUAUGAAUCACCGUGUCCCUGGAACCCCGACCAAACGCUUGGAGUCGCUCUUCUGGAACCGACCCGGUUAUAUACCCAGCAGCUUUUACCAAUUCUGAAAUCCGAAGAACGUUUGGUUAAAGGACUCAGUCACAUUACCGGCGGCGGAUUCCUAGAAAACGUCCCCCGGGUCUUGCCGGCUGGACUGGGAUGUGAAAUCGAUGCCGGAUCCUUCCCGCUCCCGGCUCCAUUCAAAUGGGCCAUGAAUCAGUGCAACAUUGCUCCGCUCGAGAUGUGUCGGACGUUCAACUGUGGAAUCGGAAUGGUUCUCAUCGUCGCCAAAGAGUCCGUCUCCAAAGUCAUCUCUCUCCUGGAGGCUCAUGACCCCAAACGCACCACUGCCAUUCACCAAAUCGGUCGUGUCACGAAUCAGCCAGGAGUCGAAAUGAAACGACUAGAGUCUUGGCUGUCAUAGGAACUCUUUAUUGCAUUUAUCAGGAUUAGAUUUUGUACAAUAUAUCAAUAUGUAAUCAUCAAAGCAUGAGUUUCUUGGGUUCUUUCCCUGAUCAUAUGUUUGUUCUUGGGCGGCACCGUAUUCUGCGGAAUGUCUAAAUUGGAGCAUCCACUGGAUGAUUGGAUCUAGAGAUCUAAAUUGAGAGUUGUGGUCG